UGCGCGCCUCGCCGGCGGGGAAGGGGAACCAGGGAUCCCGAACCUCCGAGACCCUGAGCUGCCGAGCGCCGCGGGCCAGGGCCCUGAGGAGGCCCCAGGAGAGGCAUCUUCCCGGCGCGAGUCGCCGGGCGCGGAGGGGCGCCUCGGCCGCCCCAUCUGGGAAAGAGGACUAGGAGGAAGCGGCGCUGCCUGCCGGGCUAGAGGAAGCGCCUUCACCCUGGCCCCCGACGGCGCUCGUUUAACCACAUCCGCGCCUCCACUGGAAACGCUAACAGGCGCCUGUCACCGGUUCCCUCCAUUUUGAAAGGGAAAAAAGGCUCUCCCCCUUCCCCUACUCUUAGGAGCUGGAGCCGGAGGAUCCGCGCUCAUGGCGUUCAGCCCUUGGCAGAUCCUGUCCCCCGUGCAGUGGGCGAAAUGGACGUGGUCCGCGGUGCGCGGCGGGGGCGCCGGAGAGGACGAGGCCGGAGGGCCCGAGGGCGACCCCGAGGAGGAGGACUCGCAAGCCGAGACCAAAUCCUUGAGUUUCAGCUCGGAUUCUGAAGGUAAUUUUGAGACCCCUGAAGUUGAAACGCCCAUCAGAUCACCUCUCAAGGAAUCCUGUGAUUCAUCACUAGGAUUAGCAGGACCUGGGGCCAAAACCCAAGACUCACAAGAAGCUGAUGAACAGCUGAUAGCAGAAGUGGUUGAAAAAUGUUCACCUGAGACUUGUUCUAGACCCUCAGAAAAUGAAGUAUCACAGCAAGCUAUCGAUUCUUACUCAGUCAAGGAUUUCAAAGAAGAACCUGAACAUGAUAUUAGCAAAAUUUCAGUAGUGAGGCCAUUUUCCAUAGAAAUCAAGAACUCCACGGAAGCCCCGGCAGCUCUCGGAACGGAAGCGGUGUAUGGCUGUGUGACAGCUAUCCCGGGCCAGGCCCUGCCCUCCGGCCCUCCAGAAGCCAUUCAGGACGAGGCGAUGACAGAAAGCACCAUGGGGGUUACGACGGAGGCUUCCACCGAAGCCGAUCUGAAGAGCGGGAGGUCCUGUCUGGAGCCAGUGCCCAGCAGAAGCAAGCUAAGAAAGCCCAAGCCCAUCUCUUUGAGGAAGAAAACAGCCGGCGAGUUCUCAGAAAAUGAAACUUCUGUGGGGGGCAUGCCUCUCCCCCAGACGUCCUAUGCUGAUGAAAUGAAUGGGAACACAAAUCCUUUGCUAGAAGAUGCCAGGAUCCCAAAAUCUGCCCCUGACGUUCAGGAAACAUCAAGCAGCACUCCCAGUAGCGACACCAAUGAUUCGGGGGUUGAGCUGCUGGAGGAGUCGAGGAGCUCACCUCUGAAGCUCGAGUUUGAUUUCACAGAAGAUGUGGAAAAUGUAGAGUCCAGGAGAGGCCUCCCAAGAAAACUUGGCAGGAAACUGGGUAACAAACUGACUCCCAAGGUACAGAAAGAUGGCGUCAGUAAGCCAGUAGGCGCCAAAAGUGCAGAACCGCCUCCGGAGCCGGCUGCAGGCGACACUCCUGUCUCCCGGGCGUCUUCUAAGCUUGAUCCUAGUCAGUGGGAUUGCCCCGGCACCAGCCCCUCUGGGGGCCAGUCCGCACUGCAGAGCUCCCCUCCCCUCUCCUCCAAGGGCUCCUACCACUUGGAUGAAUCCUUGGAUCCCUUUAAACCAACUACAGCUUUAACAAACAGUGACUUUUGUUCUCCUGCUGGUAAUCAUGUUAAUGAAAUCUUAGACUCACCCAAGAAGGCAAAGUCGCGUUUAAUAACGACUACUGAACAAGUGAAAUUUCUCUGUUUUCUGUUGAGUGGCUGUAAGGUGAAGAAAUAUGAAACACAGUCUCUUGCUUUGGAUGGAUGUUCGCAGGAUGAAGGAGCAGUGAUCUCCCAGAUUUCAGACAUUUCUAAUAGGGAUGGCCAUGCUACCGAUGAGGAGAAACUAGCAUCCACUUCAUCUGGUCAGAAAUCAGCCGGGGCCGAGGUGAAAGGCAUAGAAAAAGAAGCGUGCCAGAAGAUGGAUAAGGAUGGAUCCGCUGUGCCCGGACUGUUGGAGGCCCCUGCGGAGAAGGCCCCCGUGUCUGUGGCCUGUGGCGGUGAGAGCCCCCUGGAUGGCAUCUGCCUCAGUGAAUCAGAUAAGACCGCUGUGCUCACCCUGAUAAGAGAAGAGAUAAUCACUAAAGAGAUUGAAGCAAAUGAAUGGAAGAAAAAAUAUGAAGAAACCCGACAAGAAGUCUUGGAGAUGAGGAAAAUCGUGGCUGAAUAUGAAAAGACCAUUGCCCAAAUGAUUGAAGAUGAACAAAGGACAAGCAUGACCUCUCAGAAAAGCUUCCAGCAACUGACCAUGGAGAAGGAGCAGGCCCUGGCUGACCUUAAUUCUGUGGAAAGGUCCCUUUCCGAUCUCUUCAGGAGAUACGAAAACCUGAAAGGUGUCCUGGAAGGGUUCAAGAAGAAUGAAGAAGCCUUGAAAAAAUGUGCUCAGGAUUACUUAGCCAGAGUUAAACAAGAGGAACAGCGCUAUCAGGCUCUGAAAAUCCACGCAGAAGAAAAACUAGACAAAGCCAAUGAAGAGAUUGCUCAGGUUCGAACAAAAGCAAAGGCUGAGAGUGCAGCUCUCCACGCAGGACUCCGGAAGGAGCAGAUGAAGGUGGAGUCCCUGGAAAGGGCCCUUCAGCAGAAGAACCAAGAAAUUGAAGAACUGACGAAAAUCUGUGAUGAGCUGAUUGCCAAGCUGGGAAAGACUGACUGAGUUUCCCCAGUAGCUCAGCAGAUCUGCAUUUGGCUGCUUCUCUCGUGACCACAGUUAUCUUGCCUUAUCUAGGAAUUAUUGCCCCUUUGCAGAGGAAAAAACUCUGAAAAAGCACAUGCCUACUGCUCCCUGGCCCGCUUAGCUGCUGACAUAGCAGCCCUGGAGGAAGCCCUAGAGCAUCUCACAGUCACAGACAGAGAGGCAUCUGCCAGUCCCGAGUCUUGCCCAACUCGCCAUCGAUAGGCUCAAUUAGGCUGCCAGGUCUGGUUUGUGAGUUCUCCAUCUUUAAUUCAUUUUAAAGCCAUCUUUACUUUUCCAAGUGCAUUACAUUUGUGGUUCUGUGGCAACUGUUUGGGAUCAUCUCCUGUUCACCACCUGUUCAGUUAUAUUUUGUGACCUAUUUAUUUCAUCUUUUAAAUUUAAUUUCCAGUAUUAGUAGUUUUAUUUGAGUAGGAAUUUGGGUUUUGUUACUUCCAAUUUAUGAACAAGAAGGGACUCUGAGUACCCACAUGCACGCACACACUCACGCAUAUUUAGAUAUGCUGCUGCUUUUUCCCUGAAGCGUUGUCGAAUAGGAACUGCUCUGCAGAAGAGCCUGUUUCCAUAAAUGUAAAAGCCUGUUUUGAAAGAGUCUUGGCUCCGAAUGCCUGUGUCAGAACUUUAGGAGAUUGAAGAUGUGAAAACCCCAGACUCCUGUCUGUCAUGACUCAUAGCCCCAGGCUUAGGUUUCACAUCUAGGGAAGACUGUGCCAUAAUGUUUCACUGCCCUGGUAUUUGGACCCUGCUCAGCCUCGAUGCGUAUGAGUGCGGCCCCUUUGGGGUGAGUCCUCAGACUGGAAGCGUCUGCUUGCGCCAGAGCCAGGGCUUGGCAACACUGUCCCAGGGCCAUUGCGUCUCCACCGCUUCAUUUUUGCUACAAAAGCAGUAUUUCCUCUUUAUUAUUUGAAAUAUGCCAAGAAAAUCUACUAGUAAGAGGUUCAGAUGAUCUUCUAUGAUUAAAAGGUAACUGUAACUGCAUCGGCAAGUAUAAGGUGGAGAAACAGUUGGUUUUUCAAAAGUGGGAAUCCUUAUUCUUCAGACUUCUUCUUUAAGGCAAAAAAAAAAAAAUCCUUUCAAACUUAAGACAGAAUUUUUAACUAAACGGGCAGUAAAAAUCUUGUGAAAAUCCAUGCAUUUUGAAUAUUUGUAAGCAAAGGCCAUGGGACUAGUGGAGGAGGGGGCUCGGGCCCUCCCAGGACCCGGCCGAGUAGUGGGGCCGGUCCCCCCCAGGGGAAAACUUCCAUGCAGCCAGCGAACCCCCUAGCAUUUGAUAGGCAAAACCAAAUCCCUGCUAGUGUUGUUAAGCACUCUUGUCUUAAUCUUAACACCCUGAAGGUCUUCAUGGUGAUAUGCACUAUAUUCAGUAUGUGUAAGUUUUCGUACUUUUCCUGUAAAAGUAUUGCAUGAUCCAACUUCAGCAAUGAAUUGUGCCUAGUGGAGAACCUCUAUAGAUCUUUCAACAUGAAUUUUUGUUUAGGAGUCUACUCUUCACAUGGGUGCAAUCUUUAGCCCCAGGGAGGUCAAUAAUGUCUUUUAAAGCCAGAAGUCACGUUUUACCAGUAUGCACUUACCAUAAUUGGUGCUUAGGCUGUAUUUUAAAGCCUAUUGUCUUACCAUUUUUUACAAAAAAAAAAAAAAACAGCAGAAAUGAUCUGUGGUUGGAGGAGUGACUCGACAAUCAUUUGGACUUUACAGACAGUCACUGUGGGUUAAUGCGAGUGCUUGACUGUGGUCUCGGCAGCAGUGAGUGCAGAUGUCUCCGGUGGUGUAACUGAUUUCUUCGUUUAGUCCUCUUCUACUAGGAAAAUUAACCUUGCAUUUUGCAGAAAGAAGCAUUACUAAAGAAGCAUUGCUAAACCCUUUUGCUGCUGUAUUUGGGUGACAUGUCCAUGUUUACUUGUUUUCUACUGAUCUGUGUUAAGCAUGGAAGGCUUAUAGUGGUCUCCAUUAUUACUCCUAGUUUUCUUUUCAGGCUUUGUCUAUAUAUUUUUUUAAAAAAGGGACCUAUGUGUCAAAACAGGUGAAGACAAUCCUUCCCUAGCACACUGGUAAAAGAAACCCCUAAAACACUAGCUCCUAGAAUGAAGUUGCUGCACAAGGAAUACAAGAGAGGGCCCUUGUUAAGGUUUCUUUACCCCAGGCCUCUCAGCUAUGGCCAUUGCAAGGGUAUGUUCUUCCUUCUAAUUUAACAGGGGAAUCUUCUCCAACAAGAAUGAACAUGUAGCUUGUGUAGCUGGCAAAUCAAGAGAAUAUACUGGGCAGAAUAAAGUUUGUUUGUUUUUCUUUAAAAAUAAGCCAACCCUCCCCUCCCCAUACUUUUAAAAUUCUGGAGAGUAAGACUACAGCCUAGAAUUGGCGCCCAGAGCACGUGUGUGUUAGGCAAUAAUACACCCUGUUACAAACAUGAAAACAGAUGAAUGGGAGUUGCUGGCCUAGAUUGUGGUUUGGAAGUAUUAGGUGAUCUUGCUGAGACUUGGGAUCCAGAGCCAUUUCUUAAGUUUCCACUUUGCCAGAGUGUAGAUAGGCACUCUUUCUCUUAAAGCGUUUUAAUUGGAGACUGAACAGUUUGUCACUUGGUUGGCUGGUCAGUUACAGUCAGACCUCCUGAUAUUGACUAUAUUAGGAAAAGCUCCUGAAGGCCUGCCCAAACCUUUUGUUCUGGAAGACUGUUCUGGAAAAAUUGAGAAGCCCAGUGUUCUCAUGUGGUUUCUAGCUGCGUCAGACCCAGCCCAAGUUAGGAAGUGCAGAAACACAGGAUGGUACAGAACUCUGAGGGUCUGACUGCCUUCCGGGAUGAUAGGGAACCUAAGGGAAGAUUUAUGUUUGGUUUUGGGGGCUUGCUCAAGUUGGCUUUUCUUCCCAGCCAGUUACCCUUUGCACCUGUCCCACGCUUUGUGCAACUCCCGCACGGGUACUCAGCACCCAGAUCUUCACUGGGCAGCCCUGAGUCCACGCCGUUUGGGGACAGGAUGGGUAAGCUGCCCCGGACAGUCUGCGCUGUCUGAAAGCACCCCGAGGGAAGCGCCCACUCUUACCUUGAGGGCUUGCUGGUGGUUCCGAAGCUCAAAAUGGAAUUUUUAAAGAGCAAGCAUUGGUAGUCUCAUGUACACUAGUUAGAAAUGACUCAGCACAUCCUUUUCUAGUGGCGUGAAAUUCUAAAGCUCCCUCUUUAUGUCCUUCUGGUUUUUCACUACAUUUAGUAGCUGUCUCAUUGAACUGCACACGCACGCCUGUCGUCUUUGCGCAGUGGCCGUGCGGGUUUGCUCCGGACGUGGGCGUCUUACUUUACCCUCUUGUUGGAAAGAGAAACUAGGUGUUGAAAGACUAAACGAUUCAGGCAAAGGAUUUUAAAAUAAAGAUGUAUAUAUUAUGAAGAAUUUUAAAGAUAACAGAUUAUUAUUUGCUUAUUAAAGAACAAAUAUAGUCUGGGAAUCCCAGAAUGUCAGGCCAAAGGUCUAAGAAGUCAUCUUCCUCAAAGAUUUUAAUAGAAAUAUUUUAAGGAGACUUCUGUCCAAAAAGGUUUGACUGGCCUCCAGAUCCCUGUGAUUUUUAAAAAGCAACUUACCACUCAAACCUUGAGUCUCCCAUAUAGCAAAGGUAAAAAAGCUGGACACUUCUCUCUUAGGACCUCCUCUGGAAGAUAGUAUAAAUGGCAGCAUUUCCAGGGGAGAGCCUCCCAAGUGCCCAGAGCUACCAUUCUGGAGACUAAAGAUUGCACUUUCGUAGUUCUUCGUCCAAAUGCAAUCCCAUUUCUGUGCCUCUUAGCAUGCAGUUAGAUUUGGACAAACAAGAUUCCUAAGGAAUGACUUUAUUAACUAUAAUAUGGUUACAGCUAUUACAUAUGUGUGUGUGUAUAUAUAUAUAUAUUCUGGUAUAGUCCUAAUAUAGAGAUGUUGCGUGUGAUGCUGACAGUCUUAACUCAUUUGGAGGCAGCCGGGCAUGGAGCUGAGGUGUGGCUUGAACCUUCCCUGUAUCGAUUCUUGAAAACUAUAAAGAUGCCACUUCCUCUCCCUCUACGCCUUGUAGUGGUAUCUGAAAUAUACUCCAAAAAGUAUUUUCCAGUCACAUUGUUAACCGAUAUUCUAUAUCAAUAAUUUCCAAGUGGACAAAUCUGAACUCAGAAACCACCCCCAGUCCAGAUACAGGGCAGUCUGUUACCACACCCGUAGCCUCAGCCUCGGUCCUUCUUCCCCAGUGGGACAGGACCCAGGCACUGCUUUUAAAUCUCAGAGGUAGCAGUACAUGUUUCAGUGUUGCUGUUAGCAAGUGUGUGUUUGCCAGUAGAUAGCGUUUGUACUCAUGUGCCAACAAGUAAAUGUUAAUUGCACAUCUGCUUCCACUGUGUCCCACGGGUGCCACGAAGUGUGUGAGGAGCCUCUCGUCUGGAGGGACGGGCGCUGCAUUGACUACUGCUAUCAGGAUUGUGUUGUGUGGAAUAAUCAUCUACAUAAAUUUUAUAUGCACAGUGAUUUCCCUUUUAUAUGUCAGGUAAAUAUUUGUAAAAGUUAUACUCACACAAAUGAAAUUAUUAUAAUGAUUACUAAUAUAUUUUUUUCCAUGUUUCAUUGCCUGAAUAAAA